GAAGGAUCUGGAGCUCACAAACUCAUUUACACACAUGAACAUACAAAGUCUGGGAGGUGGCUUGGCAUGCUGUUAGCCCAAAUAACUGAUGACAGUGGAAAGAAGGGCAGUUCUGAUGAAUGAGUGAGUCACAAGUGACUUGAUCAAGCAUCGCUGGAUUGGUUGGAGCCUUAAGCAGGACUGGUUACAGAAGCUUUGCAACAUGCUGGGGGUGUACGAUUAGAAAUAGGGAUUGAGUUCACUCUUGUGUUUGGGCAAAAUAGAACGGUUCAACAGAGAUUUCUGUGCAAGGACAAAGAGCAAAGUCUAGAAGUCCUGUAAGGUGCUGAGCAUGUCUUUUGCGAUGGUGCGACCAACCCCAGGCCAUUUCUUGUGCUCUGAGAUCAGCAUGCACUCCGAGGACGACGACAAUGGCAGUGAAGGUUCUGGAUCUGACGACAAGUCCUUCCGUAUGGCCAGCCGCAGCUAUGGCACAUUUAAGUUAGGUGCUCGUAAACAGAGGUAUGGCUGCCAACCGGUAGCGGCUCCCAAUGAGCUUCGUUCUCAGAUUGUCGAGAUCCGCCAGCGGAACACUGCAAAUGCUCGAGAGCGGGAUCGCACGAACAGUGUGAACACAGCAUUCACUGCUCUGAGGACGCUGAUACCUACUGAACCGGCCGACAGGAAGCUGUCCAAGAUUGAGACGCUGCGGUUGGCCUCCAGCUACAUCUCGCACCUAGGGAACGUGCUGCUGGUUGGAGAGGAGUGUGGAGAUGGCCAGCCUUGUCUUAGCAGCUCUGAAGCCUUGUAUCAUCGUCUUCACAACCUUCCAAAGAGCUUGACUCCCAGCCCGGACUCAGAAAACUCUCAGCCCAGACAGAUCUGCACCUUCUGCCUCAGUAACCAGAGACGGCUGAACAAAGACAGAGAAAGAAAAACUGUGUUAAGAAGUUAAUGAUGAGGAGUAGAGAGAGUAAAAGAGCGUCCCCAUCACAUCUGUCUGAAGAAACGCGCUGGAGUGAAUUGAACAUUUACUGUAAAUUUCCUGUAAAUAAGCUGUUUAAUUGAAUACAGCACUGCUUAACCAAGUAACAAAAGCCUAAACUUCCUGGUGGACAGCAUCAUAAUGGACAACUACACUGCCUCUCUGCACUUACAUAUUUGGAAUCCAAAAACUAUGUGAAUUUCAUCAGAACCUCUUUUUUUUGUUUUAUACAGAGGUGUUAUACGUUUAUUCAAAAGUGAUAUGGGAUGAAGACUGUUGACUAACAUGAAGAUGAUUUGUAAUUUAAAAACAGC